AUGAAGAUGGACACUAUAUCGCUCUUCCAAAGUUGUCACAAUUACUCUAGAGGAUUGGUCUCUGGUAGCUUAUGUCCCCAUUUGUGUACUAGUAAAGAUAUCAAAUAUAUAGAAUGUCUUGGUCACAAAGAUGAUGAUUUUAAAAUCUCCUUGUUGUUCCACACCUGUAUGGAAACAUGUGGCACCCUUUUUGGAGUGGAGUUUGUCCCUAGUACUCCAUUUAAUCUUCCUAUCUUUAAAGACUCUCGUAGUUGGGAUUUUCGUGCUAAGUUAGCAAUUAGUUUGAUUGAGUUAGUUGAAAAAUUAGAGAAAACAGAUUAUGGAACUUUGUAUCUUUGUGAUGUUCAAGAGGGUAACUUUGGAGUUGUUGAAAUAGAUGGUCAAUAUGUUGUGAAGAGUAUUGAUAAUGAUAUAUCACUAUAUGAGAAGUCUUUGCUAAAAGAUUUAUUUAUUUCUCGACAUCCUAUUAUAAAAUAUCCCUUACUACAUGAUCCACCUUCUCAAAUACAAAAAGAUUUAAAGAGUUUACUCCAUCAGUGUGCUCACCCUCUAAAACCAUCAAUACAUAUCUCAUGGACUUUAGCUAAUAAAUUAAAGAGAGCCUUUUGA